AUGUCUCGGCUUCCUCCCGCUGCCAAGCUCCCCCUUGCUGUCCGCAAGAACGUCCGUGACGAGUGGGAGAACGUCAAGGCCGACUGGGAGAAGAAGUUCUCUGAUCUCCUUGGUGUCGAAUGGACCAUCAACAUCGACCCCCUCUCCAUCUACCCUUAUGCGGAGGAGAACUCGUACGGCUCCAACUCUCUGGGUGCCUGUAUCGCCAGCUAUAUCAGCGGAGCUGAGUGGCAGCUGAAGUACUUCAUCUCCAGUGCUGGUGACAUCGUCAAGGACGAGAUCAACACCCUCGCUCAUGCCCACGUCAUCACAAUGGACUUUGAUGAGGAGAAGCUCUUCAGCUACUGUGGCAGCAAGAUCACACCCACUGGUGAGCUCGCCAUCAUCUUCGCCGCCGGCAACCUCGGAACCAACAUCGACCAUGCCAUGGAGAAGAGCAACCUCACCAAGGCCCUCAACGCCGCCGACCAGGCCGGUAAGCCCAUGAGUCACUCGGCCCGCCUUGCCAUCGUCGAGGACUACGACUCCAAGAUUGGUCCCGUCCAGGAGAAGCUCAACAAGAUCCUGGGCAAGGAGAUCCCUCUCGUGCCCAACUUCGAGGCUGUCUAUGAGAAGCUCGCUGCCUCUUCUGACGUUCGCGACGACUACGCUACCAACCUAGGCAGCUUCGUCCGUGGCUACUUCGAGGGCCUCAACGACUACCUUACCUACCAGAAGUUUGACAGCGAUGAUAUGCUUCAGGAGGGUCUUGUCGAGACUCUUGAGGGCAACGCUGUCCACUUCCGAAUUGUCGACAAGAUGUCCAAGUCGUACAACGAGGCUGUCAUUGAGGAUGGCAUUCUCUACCUCCAGACCAACUCUGCCAACUUUGGAACCAACAUCCACCAGAUUGCUGAUGGUCUUGUUGACCUCCUGUAG